GGGGGGGGGGCUUGGGUAAUGUACCUUUUCCGACGCGGAGCGUAUAUGGAGAUGGCCAAGGAUUAACCAGCAGGAGCCUGGGCGCGCUUCGUAGGGGAAACUAAGGCAGCGAAAGAGGCCAGGGAUCGUGGGGUUUUCCCCCCCCCUCUCCACCCAGCAGUUCGGAAUUCUCUCCGCCUUCCUGGGGGUUUCUUUCGGGCCGGAGGGGGCCGUCCGUGCAAGACCCCCCCACCCGCGAAGAGCCAAGAGGAGGGGGACCUGGAACGGAGGAAGGAACCGACCCCCGGGGCUCUCCAGCUAGGGCGCAUUUUGGUUUUUACGCGCCGGGGCGAAAAUCGGAAAGGGGGAUUUUUUUUGCGGGGGGGGGAGGAAGAGAGGGGGUUUCUUUGGCCCCCCCUUUUGCUGAUGGUGGUGGAGGCAACGGAUCCGAGGGGCCAAGAGACCCCUCUUCAGAAAAUGCCCACCAGGAUCGGGCUAGGAAGCCAGUGAAGGCAUCUCCCGAGAGAGGAAGGCUCCUUGGCUGGAAGAGGACUCCAGGACCCCCCAGGAUGAUGGAUCCCCGAUCCCCGCGGGCGCGCUCCGGACUCCGCCACCUUUGAGGCUGGGGCCGGCCCGAGGAAGAGGAGGGGGGCGGCGCGGGCGGCCAUCGGCCAGCGGAGGAUGGAUGGAAGAGACCUGGGGGCUCCCCGCGCCGUCCACGUCCCCUCGCCGCUGCUCUCCGGGCUGGCCAUGGAGAGCCACGUCGCCGCCGCCGCUGCCGCCGCUGCCGGAGCUGCGCGCCUGGCUCCUUUGGCGACGCCGCCGCUGCCGCCGGGUAAAUACCUCGCCGCCCCGGGCCUCAACCUCCAUUCCCACCCGGGUUUCUCCCACUUGCCAAGUGGUCUCUACCCCUCAUACAUUCCUUUGAGUCACCUGGAACCCCACGGCAGCGGGACCCCCUUACUUGCUCAGUUGAAUCAGCACAGCCUCUUUGAGACCCCAAAAGAUGGAUUUUACCUUGCUGGGCACGCAGGACAAGCUGCCUUGCACCCCCAGGCCACCCCGUCCAGGGCAGUCCCCAACCCCACCUCAAGCGCCCUGCUCCACGAAAAGGACUUUGGGCAUCCGCACAGGACCUCCAAGGACAGCCCCAAAGAGCUCGGUGGGAAGGACCGAUCUUACCGGGGCAACCUCUCCUUGUCCCUGGCCAAGAAGGACGCCAAGCUGCGUGAGGAGUCCCGGCCUCACAGCGUGGUGGAUCUCACCCAGGACACCAAGCCGGACAACGAGAGGAAAACGAACGGAUUUGAGAAGGCCGUUAAGGUUGGGGAACGCUUGUCUCCCUUCCUGGCGGAACAGUUGCCCAACCGGGGGAUCUUCAGCGGAGAACCAAAGUCCAAGAACCCACUUCAGACCUCUUCACUCAGCAACUGCAACACGGGUGGAAGCGCCCAGGGCUCGGAGCUGGACCACUGUCCCAAGGACCUCAGCAGACAUGACGAGAAUGUAAGGCCUCCUCCUUACGUCUUCUCCGACCGGUUGAAGAAAGUCGACUCUGCGGUCAGUUCGGUGGCCAACUUGCACGUGGCCUGCAGUUGUCCUUCUCCAGCUCAACCCGGGAAGCUCCCCCCGCCCUCGGCCUUCCCUCCCCAGCCGAUCCACCCCAACAUGUACACCAUCUUCCCCUUGACCAAGGACUCCGGGAGGGAGCACAAGGUCAUCGCACCCACCUUCAUGCCUUCCCUUGAGGCUUAUGACGAGAGAAAAGGCCCCAUUCAGAUAGCUUCCCAAGCCCGGGACAACACCAAACUGAAGGAGAAGGAGGUCCCUGCUGCCAACCGAGUGGGGGUCCUCCAGGCGGUGCCCAAGAGGUGUCUGGCUGAUGCUUCUCACAACCUUUUGGCCCAAGAGUUCUCCCUCCAUGGAGAUGCCAAGCGGAUGGAGGUCUUGCGGGAGAAAAGUUCGGUCAUCAGGGCCAACUCCAUGUUCCUGAAGAAACAGGGGGCUUCAGAAACCUUCUUGAACAGGCCAAGAUUACGCUCCCCCGAAAACAGGGAAUUCCUCCCUUUGAAGGACUUGCCCAAAGCUGGCUUGGAGGCAGAACAUCACUCCUGUGAGCGGGACCGGUUUCAAAGACCUGGCUGCAAAGAAGCGGCCAAGAUCUAUGGCACUUUGGACACCUCUUCCUCAUCCUCAUCCUCUUCCUCUCGGCAGCAUUUAGAUCCCAGCCAACAAUUGAAGCCCCCGGAACAAAAGUGGAAGCCUUUUGAAAUGGGCAACUUUGCCACCACCCAGAUGGCUGUUCUGGCUGCCCAACACAACCAUGCCAACCGGGUGGAGGAGGAAGUCAAGAAGACCUACCUGGAGCCCAGCAACCUACAGAGGUCCUCAGUCGUGGGAGCCCGGAGUGUGACAGACGGCCUCCACCCUCCUCCGUCGCACGGGGAAGGAUCUGCCAUGCAAAGCCUCAUCAAGUACAGCGGGAGCUUUGCUAAAGAGGCAUCCUCACGGCAGGGGGCUGGUAAGAAAACCCCUUUUGGGGGUCUGGGCAACAUGAAACUGGACCCUGGUCGACAGCCUUCCCCCAAGGUCCAGCAGCUGCUGUCCCACCAAGCUGGCAAGCAGCUGAAGAAGGAACCUGAACGACCGGAAAGUGCCAAAUCUUUCGGACGAGAGAGCAUCGGAUCUCAAGGAGAGGUGGAAGUGAGACAUCUCCCCGUUGGCAUCGCGGUGGCGGUGGCCCGUCAGAAGGACAACAGCAGUGGCGGAAAGCUGGGGCUCGUGGACCGUGAUCGAUCCCUCUCCUUGAGUAACGUGAAAGGACACGGACGGUUGGAUGAGGACUGUGGGGACGACCGUCCACGCCUUCGAGAAAACCACCUCCUAGCAAGCCGUUUGGAGCGAGACCAGGAGAAACUGCUCAGAGAAAGCAAAGAAUUGGCUGAUUUUGCUCGGAUCCAUCCGGCUACUUGUGCUACCAGUGGCUUAAACUCCAACCUCAUGGUGACUGGGGGACCACCCCUGACUGGUUCAGGACGGUGGACUGGUGACCCCACACCACACCUGGUGACCCAUCCAUGGUUACCCAGAAGCAGCAGUUCGUCCAUGUGGCUUACUGGCCACCCCUACGGGCACCCUUCUUUGCACCAAGGCAUGACCCCUGCUUUUCCUUCUGGCAUGGGGGGAGCACUCCCCUCUGCAUACCAAUUUGCCAGAGAUCCUCAAUCCGGCCAGCUUGUCAUGAUCCCCAGUGAACACCUGACCCACUUCGCAGAAUUGAUGGACCGUGCACCUCCUCUCUGGCCUGCCAUAUAUUCUCCUACCAGGAGCUCCCUCCAGCACGCUCACCAGCUCCAGCUCUUAUCUCACCAGCAGCUGAUCCGUCAGCAUGAGCUAUACCUCCUGCAACAACAGGCUGCACAUGCCCAGUUGGUGGAGAGGCUAAAAGCCAGCGAACAGCGGGCAGAGAUGGAAGAGAAGAUCACUAAACGGAACCUGGACAAUGCCAAAUCAGGUUUGCCAACGUCUGCCUCAAGCCUUCUGCACCGGAAGCCUCCAGUUUUGUCUCCAAGCACUUCUGUGUCCUACAAUAAGGCGAUCAGCCCUCCUCCGCUGUCGCCCAGGUCCUCUUCUGUGUCGUUGCUCAAAGCUGAGGUUAUCCAAAAGUUGGAGGAACCACCAAGCCAGCCGACCUAUUCCUACCCCACAACUCCCAUCACUCAUCCAUCUAGCCCACCUCCUGCUUCUCCACCCCCUGCCCCUAACCUUCCUCCUAAAGAAGAGGAGGAAACUGAGAACAUGGAGAAGAAAGAGCUGGAGCUGGAAAAAGAGACCUCUGCUUCAUAUCAGACGUUAUUUCCAGAAAUUCCAUCCGGCUAUCCAUUCCAGUCCCUUCCAGACUCCUUCAGAAGACACUACCCAUACCUUCUCCAGCCAACCGCUACAUCCGAUGCAGAUGAGUUGGGCUCCAGUGUCCCUCUGCCUACCAGCAGUCCCGAGCACUUGACACUUUCUCCAGAGGUGAAGCCUAUUCAUCUUUCCCCAUCCAAGAUUGUCAAGCCCAUCCAGGCUGUGGAGGAGGAAGAAUCCUUGGAAGAACGGGUGAAAACGGAGAUGGAGAUGGACAAUAGCCAGGAAGAAGGCAGCUGUGAACAGGAUAUGGAGGUCCUGGGUAUGGCAACUUCGGUUGCCCUCCCUGUUGAGGACGCCGAUGGUUGUGAUCUUCAGUUGCACCACGGCAAAACCCUCAGGACUUCAGACCACGAGGAAGUUCUUGAGGAUUGCCAAGCUGCCUACCCAGAGAUGUCCUGCUCGGUGGAGAUGGACACCCAAGCAGACGAGACCAAUGACAGUGAAACCUGCCCCAUUCAUGACUAUGGUGGAAGUUUGUUACAGAGAGACACUGAACAGUCUGAGAUAGGACUGGUCCCUCAGCCUGAGAAGUCACCGUUGGCUGUAGAAAUGCCCCAUAUCAGUUCUCCCUCAAACAAGGAAUUUCCCAGCAUGCUUCAGGAAGAGGGGGAACCCACGGUAGAAGCCCCCAUCUACAGGAAUGAGAUGUAUUCCUGCCCACUCCCACCUCUGGAUAUCAAAAUGGAUGACCCAUUGGCUGGUAUGAACGCCUUAGCAGCAGCAGCUGAAUUACCCCAAGCGUGUUCCUUGCUCACAAACAGUGAUGGUGGUGUCACUCAGGAGGCAGUGGUGAACUUAGAAGUGUCUUCUAGCCUGUCCCCAGAGCACACCUUUCUGCACGGAAUUACCCUCCUGAGCGAAAUUGCAGAACUGGAGUUGGAGAAACGGCAGCAGGAAACCGAAGGUCCAGAGAACUUCUCAGCUCAUCCAGCCUUGGAAAGCCUGUUAGCUGCUGGUACCCAGAUGCUGAUGGAAGUCCUCUCCACCCCCUUCAUGGAUAGCCUGAAGAACAUCCGUCUGCCUCGGGAACUGGACCCCAAUAAGAAAUACAGCUGGAUGCAGAAGAAAGAUGAGCCGAUGUAUUCCAUUAAAUCGUCCAUUGGGAGCAUGGAUGCCAUGGAACUGGAUUACCGGAUGAAGUUAGCUGAGCUGCAGAGGAGAUACAAGGAAAAGCAGAGGGAAUUGGCGAAGCUGCAGCGGCGGAGAGACUCUGAGGAAAAGCAUGACGAGAAAAAUAGAAGCUUGGCAAAACGAGGUCCAGGAAGGCCCAGAAAACGGAACCAUGGAUCAAGCGCUCUGUUGCCCCCUAAGGAGCGAGGGAAGAGUGACGGAAGGAGUGGAAAGCUGAGCAAAUCCCUGUCGCUUUCCGAAGACUCAGAAAUGGGUGAUGGGAGGGAGGAGAAGCACCGAGGGCUUCUCCUGGAUGAGGAAGAGGAGGGAGAGACCAGGAGUGGGAAGACAAAGACCAGGCAUCGCAGUUGGGAUGAGCAAGAUCUCUUGAUGAACUUCUCCAGCGAGCUCAAGAUUAAGAAGAAGAAGGUGGCCUCUGAUCAGGAACAACUGGUGAGCAAGCUCGACAAAGCCCUGUCACUCACCAGGCGCAGCAAGCUGAAGUCUCCGUUCAAGUUCGUGGAUAGGUCCAGAGGGAGGCAGAAAAAUGGCGGCUAUUACAACAACCGAUACUUGUCCCCCCACGGUGCCUUGUUUGGCAAGGAUGCCAAAAACAACUUGGCCAAAAGCCUCAGCUUCUCCUUGAAAGCCUCUAAAGAAGGUAAAAACAAAAUGGCGGUCAAAAUGAAGAAGUUGGAGGUGGGGCUCAAAAUGAAAGGCCACCAUCUGAAGGUUUCCAACUCACCAGCGAUAUCUGAAGUGAGCAGUUACUCCUACAAUACAGAUUCUGAGGAAGAGGAGGAAUCCUUGAAGGAUGAGUGGUCUUCUCAUUCCCCAACCAGUGCCAGGAUGAGACCCUCCAGCCUCUAUAGUGUCAUGGCCCCCAAAUGCAGCAGGAUCUCUGACAUCUUCAAAGCCGGCAAGAAGAGCAUCACCUCAACAAGGACUCUCAAAUCUAAAAUGGCUGCCAAUAGAAAGCGGGAAUUUUGUUUACUGUCCAGGGAGGCCAAAGCUGGAUCGUCAUACAGUGACUCUUCGGAGGACUCGUUCGAUCAAGAUUCUAGCUCAGAAGAAGAGGACGAGGAGGAGGAAGAAGACGAUGAUGACAAUAAUGAUGAAGAAGAAGAAAUGGAAGGCUAUGGGGCAGCGGUCAACGAGAGGCUUUCACCAUCUGCUUUGGAUGAAAGUGGCUUGGGGCUCCUGGCCAGGUUUGCAGCUAGCGCCAUCCCAAGCCCCAUCAUUGUGCCUUCCGUGUCCAUCGUCCAACUGGAAGCCAAACAGAAAGCAAAGAAGAAGGAAGAGAGACAAAGCCUGAUGGGGACCGAGUUUGAAUAUACGGACUCUGAAAGCGAUGUGAAGAUCCGGAAGAAAUCUCCAGCGGGUUUACUCCAUGGGAAGAAAGGGUCCCUAGAGCAAGGCCCAACUGCAGGCCCCAUGGAGACCUCCUCAGGUAACUCGUUGGACAAGACCAAGAUGGUGACUGAGAAGAGCCGGAAGCUGAAGAAAUUCAGAUCGCCCAAAGAGCUGAGUUUUGAGUUUGGGCUGGAGGUCAACGAUGACGAUGCCUGGAAUCGGCGACGGAGCGAGAGGAUCUUCCUUCACGACGCUACCACCUCAGCUGGCUUGGCCUCCUCCACCCCGGCGAGCUCCAUUCCGGUUUCCAAAAGUGGACGCUGCCUGAAGGGGACCCUGUUGAGCCCCAAGAAGGAAGGGAACAGGGGGAAGGAGAGGAAAGAGCUGAGCAAGAAGAAGAAAAACAAGGAGGGGGCUGUCUGCUCUUCCGCUGGUUCGUCCUCUUCUUCUUCCUCGUCCUCUUUGCUUUCUCCUCUGGGCAUCGCCAGCUCCCUGCCGGACCUCCAUGCCAGCUUGGCCAGCUCUUUGACCUCCAGCAAGAAGAACAAGGGCAAAGCUAAGACAAAAGAGGCCAAGAAGGAGACCCGAGGGAAGGGAGGAGCCGUGAGCAAACUUAUGGAAAGCAUGGCCGCUGAGGAGGACUUUGAGCCCAACCAGGACAGCAGCUUCUCGGAGGAUGAGAACAUACCCCUGAAUCUCCUUCUGGAAAGGCCCUUGACUCCAGCUCCUCGUUCUUGCAUCAUUGACAAAGACGAACUGAAGGAUGGCUUGAAGGUCCUGAUCCCCAUGGAUGACAAGUUACUCUACGCUGGGCAUGUCAAGACCGUUCAUUCUCCUGACAUAUACCGGGUUGUUGUGGAAGGCGAGCGAGGAAAUCGGCCUCAUAUUUACUGCUUGGAACAGUUGCUGCAGGAAGCUAUCAUUGAUGUCAAACCCCCUUCCGUGCGGUUCCUACCAGAAGGAGCACGAAUAGCUGCCUACUGGAGUCAGCAGUACCGGUGCCUCUACCCGGGGACGGUUGUCCGAGGGGUCCAUGAUCAGGAGGAAGAUGGUGAUUUGAUCACAGUGGAAUUUGAUGAUGGGGACACUGGGCGGAUUCCUUUAUCUCACAUCCGGCUUCUCCCCCCUGAUUACAAGAUCCAAUGUGCCGAACCCUCUCCUGCCCUUCUGGUGCCCAGCAUGAGACGCCGCAGCCGCAAAUCCAGCAAGGACUUGGGCGAAGGAAACGGGGUGGAAUCGGAAGAAGCCGGAGCCAAGGGCAAAGGGCGCGGGAGGAAGCCGAACAAGAAGCAGAAAACAGAAGAAUCUGUUCUGGCUGAUCAGACCAUCACGGGAGAGAUACUGGCCAACUCUUCUAUUGGCUCGGAACUGCCAAUUUGCAAACCAGCUGCCAAAGGCUCUCAGAAGAUCCAGUCGGUUCCUUCCAGGACUCCUCCAGCUCCAGCAGAAGACAAACAUCACAGCAAAACAGGCAAAGGGAAGAUUUCUUCCAAGCUCCAUGGCUCCGUUCCCACCACCUUCCAGACCCCGGUGUUUGGCAAUGUUCGUGGGAACGAGCCCUACCCUGGACCGUUUGGUCCUUCCAGUAGCUCCUCGGGAAAAGUCAAAUCAAAGAAAGGAAAAUCCACCGAGGAGGGACAAGAAUUUGGGUCUGCGCCCAAAGCCCAGAGGAAGAUCCCAGACAGUGAGAUCCUGAUCAAGCUGGACCACGAGGGGGUCAUGUCUCCCAAGACCAAGAAGACCAAAGAGGCCAUGAGGAUGCUGGGGGAGUCAAACUUGGCCAGUAGGAGAGACGCUAAGAACCUCUUAGGACUUGGGUACAGCGCCAUGGGCUGCCCAAACCCCAAGCAGAAAUCUUCCCGAAGCAAGACUGUUAUGGAGGGAGAGCCUCCUCCUAAUUUUGGAAGCACGUUUGAGAACUCUGCAGAUCCUCCAUCUUCUAAGGCUCAAGAAGAUGGUGGUGAACUGGCCCCGGCGAGGGAUGAGUCAGAAAGUAGUGGUAGCAGCUCAGAUUCUGAAGGCGAAGAAGAAACGGAGAAGAACGGAGGUGGUGCUCAAGAUAGCAGCUCGGCCAGCUCAAGGGCCUCCACCCCAAUGUCCUCCUCAAACUCCUCCUCCUCUUCUUCCUCCAGCAGCAGCAGCUCGUCCUCCUCCUCUUCCUCCUCCUCCUCCUCCUCCUCUUCUUCCUCCGCCUCCAGCUCCAGCUCUUCUUCCUCAUCCUCCUCUUCCUCCUCUUCUUCCACCACCGACGAAGACUCCUCCUGCAGCUCCGAAGAUGAGGCAGCAGAGACCCAACCCAGCGCCUCUUCCACGCAGCCCACCAGCCCAGCCAAGCCCACCAAGGCCUCAGGGAAGUCUCCGUCCUCUUCACAUUCCCGGAAUCCAAAACAGCCUCAGCAGCAGGUGGUGCAGAAACAGCAACCAAGCGGGAACAAGAACCGGUGCAAGAAACGGGAAGGAAUCCACCUGCCCACCACGAAAGAGCUAGCCAAACGCCAGAGGCUGCCCUCGGUGGAGAACCGGCCCAAAAUUGCUGCCUUUCUGCCUGCGCGACAACUUUGGAAGUGGUUCGGGAACCCUACCCAGAGACGCGGGAUGAAGGGGAAAGCCCGCAAGCUCUUCUACAAGGCCAUCGUCCGCGGGAAGGAGAUCAUCCGCAUCGGAGAUUGUGCUGUCUUUCUGUCAGCGGGGCGGCCCAACCUCCCGUACAUUGGCCGGAUCCAGAGCAUGUGGGAAUCCUGGGGAAACAACAUGGUGGUCCGAGUGAAAUGGUUCUAUCAUCCUGAGGAAACCAACCCUGGGAAGAAGCUCAAUGAAGGCAAGCGAUGGGAUCAAAAAUCUGUCCGGACCUUAUCAGCAGCUCUUCAAGCUUCCAGCCAGAGAAAGGACUUCAUGGAGAGGGCUUUGUACCAGUCCUCUCACGUGGAUGAAAACGACGUUCAGACAAUCUCACACAAAUGCCUGGUAGUUGAUUUGGAACAAUAUGAGCAGAUGCUGAAGACAAAGAAGUAUCAAGACAGUGAAGAUUUAUACUACCUAGCAGGGACUUACGAGCCCACCACGGGCAUGAUCUUCAACACUGAUGGCGUCCCCAUCGUUUGCUAGACAGCUUUGAGAAAGACAAACGGGGGAGGCACCUCGCACCUUGUGCCUCCCUCGGAGGAAGAAGCACGGAAUGAAAGUUAUGUGCCUGUUGAAACGACAGCAUGAUUGUGUAGUGCUUGGUCACAAUGUUUCCAAAAUUUUAGAAAAAGGUUCUCCCCAUGCUCAACAACUUCAUGAACUCAAGAGCGAUGGAUUGGAUUCUGUGGCCCCCUGAAAAAGGAAUAUAACGUUGGGAUUUUUAAGAAAAUUAAUUCUUGGGCAGUGGGCCUAUUUCUGGUCCUUUGCAAUAUAGUAUUGGACUACAGGCAUCUCCAUCAUCAAUCUUUGAGUAUGAACCUUCAUAGGUUAUUUCAAGAGGCCAAUUUUUGGGGGGGAAAUUGGCACUUUUUUUUAAUCUUCAGGGUACUGGUUUUAUCUGCCCUCACCAACUGAAAACUCAACUUAUGGAAGAAUACGUGGUUGGUUCAGGGACAGCUUUGAGCAAAUGCCAAUCAAGUGGUGGGCUGGGCCGUUUUCCACCCACUUCUCUAUCUCCAAAAACUGUUCUAUCAGAGAACUGGUAUGAAGAAGCAAUUGAAGAAGCUCCGUUGGCCAAUAAGAUAGUUACUGGAAGAACAGUUGUCCCACUUUUCUUUUGAGUUACAAGGACUUAAGAACAGGUGGUUCAGAAAUCCACCACCGAAUCUCAUUUAUUCUCUUUUGCAACCCUUUCUCUCCAAACCCUUGGAAUGAUGAAGGAGCCUCUUUCUCCUCUAAAGAAGAGCUAUUCAAUGGACAUGCUUCCUCCCUCAUGUGAAGUGAAUGUAUUUACUCCAAGUCGCGCUUGGAAAAAUGGCUCCUCAUCAGAGGUUCAUAAAUAUUGUGGGGGAUCUAUAUUUGAGAAAGUAGGCAUGUUAGCUUCCUCGCUAGGCCCACCUCAAGGAACAUUUCAAGUACAUCUUCAACUUGCUCUUGAAGACUACUGGAUGGUCACUUGGAGCAAAAUGCUGAAGCUUGCGUCCUCACUUCUCACCAUCGCCCAAACUCAGCACUUGAAGGACGCACGGAAGAACCGUUGGCUGGUAGUUUUGGGAAACCCACUUGGGUCUUGUCGCAGGAUCAUCUGCUUGACCUCAUCUCAUUUAUUGACCAUCCAGAAACUGAACGGCAUUCUUCUGCCCCAAGGGUGGUGAGACCUUGAACAUUACCACCUGCCCUAAUUCAAAAUGAAUGAAAAGUCCCUUGGGGGGGGGUGAACAACGUCUUCUUGGGUGUGGCUCUGCUGCAAGGCCAGAGAGGAUAUCGUGACCAUUAAAAUGCCAGUGUUUUUGCACUUAAGAAAACUCACCAAACUCACACACUACAAGAGAAGACACCACAAUUGUUUCAGAUAGGGACAGGUGUACCAUUUCAAGCACUACAAUGGGGAGAUGAUUUUACCUGUCUUAACACGGGCAGAUUUCUCUUUUAUUUUUGGCUAUCCGCUAUGGUACAAAAGGAAUGCUACCCUCAGAAUCCUUUCACAACCUCUUUGGAGAAACACAGUGGUGCUGCCCAGCUUCAGAUGCCUCCUCCAGUCCACCAGAUCCCAGCCGCCAAGCCUUAGGUGGACAAUCUUUCUGGAUGGGCAACGCCGGGCUUGUACAGUUUUCAUACUACACCCAAAAGGUUCACUGGAGCCCUUUUCCAACGCAUUGUUUAAAAAAAAAAAAAAAACCAUACAAAAAACACACAACAAAACAAAAAACAAC